AUGGCUCCUCGCAAGAAGGGUCCCUUCAGUGGGCACCAUAUUCAUCCAAAACAAACUGAAAAACCAUUUGCAAUUUAUUUUAUCGUAAAACGUGUUUCUUCUGAUAACGCAACCUUUGAAAGUGUUUCCCCAUUUCUCGUGGAGAAAGCCCUCACCUCUAGUGUCGGCGAAGUUGCUAAUGUCCGUAAGCUAAGGACAGGAGAGUUGCUCGUUGAAGUGGCAUCUCGUCAACAGUCACAAAAGAUUUUGAAAUUAAAAACCUUUGGUACUAUACCUGUUUCUGUCUCUCCCCAUAAAUCAUUAAACUCUUCUAAAGGAGUAAUUACAUGUGGAGAGCUGUUAAAUGAACCUCUGGAUGUCAUUGAAAAGGAACUGAAAAGUCAAGGAGUCACACACGUGCGCCGUAUCACGAUUAGGCGUGAUGGUAAACUCCUGGAAACCAAACACCAUGUUCUGACGUUUAAUUCUCCCAAGCUUCCAGACUCAAUUAAAGCUGGAUAUUCGAAAUUGGUUGUGAGGCCAUAUGUGACAAAUCCAUUGCGAUGUUUUAAAUGCCAGCGUUUUGGUCAUUCAAAGACAAACUGCCGCGGGACCCUUACAUGCGCCCGUUGUGCAGCCGCUGGUCAUGAAAGCAAUGAAUGUUUACAAAAGGAAAAAUGUGUUAACUGUAAAGGUGAUCACACCUCUUUUUCACGUGUCUGCCCAAAAUGGAAGCUUGAGAAGGAUAUUAUUUCUGUGAAAUUUGCACAAAAUAUUUCCUUUCCUGAAGCUCGGCGUCUUGUGAAAGCACAGACUCCUAAAGAAGGCAAAAGCUAUGCUACUGCAGCAAAACUCUCUCUUACUGCAUCAGGGACACAAACGAAACCAGUCGUUAUCCUGACUACCGAUACUGAAUCGGAUCACAUUUCUUCUAGUCCAAUAAAAGAACAAACAUCAUCAAAAAGUAAAAAGAAAAAACUUGCGUCUACAUCACAGAAAUCUCUUGCUUUGAAAUUUGCAAGACGAGGAUCUUCUGUUAAAGAUCUUAAAUCCAUUAAAUCGGUUGCCCUGGAAUUGGGUAAAACCGGUCUCGCUGAUGCUUUAAGUGCCAAAGAUUCGGGCAUUCUAUGGCAGCCUGCCGCGGCAAAGAAACGUGUGGCCGUUGCUCGGAAAUUGGGCACAACAGUAAAUCCUGCUCCUCUAUCCCGAAAUGUAUUAAUUGCAAAGGUGACCAUCCAUCUUAUACUCGGAAAUGCCCUAGAUGGAUCGAAGAAAAGGAAAUUCAAACAAUAA